AUGGAGUUUAAUGUACUCUCUAUUUAACUAUAUCUUUGAUGAAAAUGGAAUAAUUAAAAAAGAAUUUUUAGAUCCAUCACAACGAAAAAGAUUAUCAAGAGGAUUAUCGCGUAGAUUUAUGACAAUUGGUUUUUUAGGUUUAUUUACAAGUCCAUUUAUUUUCUUCUUUUUAUUAAUCAACUUUUUCUUUGAAUAUGCUGAAGAAUUAAAGAAUAGACCUGGUUCAUUAUUUAGCAGAGAAUGGUCUCCUUUAGCAAGAUGGCAAUUCCGUGAACUUAACGAACUCCCACAUUAUUUCCAAAAUAGAUUAAGUCUCAGCUAUACACACGCAAAUCAUUAUGUCGAAAGUUUCCCAUCACAAUUUCUUUCAAUUGUUGCAAAGUUUAUCAGUUUUAUUUUUGGUUCAUUUUUAGCAGUAUUCAUCGUUUUGGGUAUUUUAAAUGACCACUUUAUAAUGAAUUUCCAGAUUUUCGAUAGAACCCCAAUUUGGUACAUUGGUAUUUUUGGUACUGUAGUUGCAAUUACUCGUUCACUAAUCACUGAUGAAAACCAUGCAUAUCAACCAGCCAAACACAUGGCCAGAACCGUUCAAAAUACCCACUAUCUCCCACUAUCUUGGGUUGGUAAAACUCAUACUCUCCAAGUUCGUGACGAGUUUUUAUCACUCUUUGAAUAUAGAAUUGUAGAUUUUGUUAGAGAUAUUUUCUCUGUAAUUUUUACACCAUUCAUUUUAAUAUUCUCUUUACCAAAAUCAUCACAAGCUAUAAUCAAUUUCUUUGGUGAUAAUACUGUUAAUCUAGAUGGUGUCGGUCCAAUUUGCCAACUCGGUGAUUUUACCAAUGUAAAGAAACUUGGUGAUAAUUCGUUUGGAUCAAUUAGUCAAGCAAAUAGAGUCAGUUCAACUAAUAAUGGUAAAUUAGAAAAAUCAGUUAUCAAUUUUAAAUGUCUAAACCCAGAAUGGAAUACAGAUAAUAAUGAAUUAAUUCAACAAUUCAAUCAAUAUGCAAAAGAUCAACACAAUAAUAGCGCUAAUAACAAUAAUAAUAAUAAUAAUAAUAAUAAUAAUAAUAAUAACAAUAACAAUAAUUUUGCACCACACACCUCUUUGGAUGAUUUCCAGCAUAUUUCAGAUAGUCAUUAUAUUCCACCAGAAAUUAUUGAUGCCGUUUUAGGUACCCAUCACCAACCAUCCCCACAACUAAACUCUUUCCAUAGCGGUCCAAAAUUAAAAGGUAGACUCGAUCAAAAUAUUAUUAAUGCUGUAAAUGACCUCCAUCAAUCAUUUUAUGAAUCACAAUUUAAACAUAAAAAUGACAAUUUUGUAAACUCAAUUUAAAAAAAAAUAAAAAAAUAAUAAUAAAUUUUAUAUUUAAAUUUAUAUUUAUAUUUAUAUAUUUAUAACUUAUACAUAUCAACAUAUUUGUUUUUGCAAUGAAUAAAUAUUUUUUUUUUUUCAAAUAAAGAAUUUAAUUUUCCAAAUCAAAAUUUCGAUUU